UAAUAACAUAGGAUUAAGACCGCAUCAAACUACAAAGAGCAGAUUUGGCAAAUAUUAUUUUAAGGACAGAAUUGCAAUAUUUUUUGUGUAUAUCUCUGUCUUUAUUGGUGAGAGAAACUUGUUCUCUGUUUUGGUUAAUUUUUGAGAGAGAGAGAGAGAGAGAGGGAGGGAGGGAUGUGGGAGUCAAUCUGUUUAACGUUGGCGGCCACUGCCGGAAACAAUAUUGGCAAAGUGCUUCAGAAGAAGGGCACCGUCAUUCUUCCACCUCUCUCUUUCAAGUUCAAGGUGAUAAGGGCAUAUGCCUUUAAUAAAGCUUGGGUGAUAGGUUUUCUUAUGGAUAUAUUGGGAGCUUUGUUGAUGUUGAGAGCUCUAUCUCUGGCUCCUGUAUCUGUUAUCCAACCGGUUUCUGGCUGUGGACUUGCUAUUCUUUCUAUCUUUUCCCACUUUUAUUUGAAGGAAACCAUGAAUGCUGUUGACUGGCUCGGAAUUACUUUAGCAGGCAUUGGCACCAUAGGAGUUGGUGCUGGAGGUGAGGAGCAAGAGGCUUCUGCCAUAUCUAUAUUUCACUUACCAUGGUUGGCCAUCAUUGUCGCCAUCGUGUUUGUACUCCUUAAUGGUUGGCUUCGUAUCUGCAGACAUCAACGAAGAGAACAGGAAUUGAUGGAAUAUGAAGUUGUUGAAGAAAUUAUAUAUGGCCUGGAAUCUGGCAUUUUGUUUGGGAUGGCAUCUGUAAUAUCAAAGAUGGGAUUUCUAUUUUUGGAGCAGGGUUUCCCUAGGAUGCUGGUUCCUACAUGUAUCUCAAUCAGCAUUUCUUGUAGUGGUACAGGAUUUUAUUACCAGACUAGGGGUUUAAAGCAUGGGAGGGCGAUUGUAGUGUCUACAUGUGCUGCCGUGGCAUCAAUUGUUACUGGCGUACUUGCUGGCAUGCUUGCUUUGGGUGAAAGAUUGCCGUCAGCACCAACAGCUCGCCUUUCACUUCUGCUUGGGUGGUUACUUAUCAUUGUUGGUGUAAUCUUACUUGUGAGUUCAACACGGUUGGUGCGACUCCUUCCUAAGCCAUUACGGCAUUUUGUAGCAAGUGGUGUUGAUAGGAAUUUUGUCGUCAGACAAUCUGGGUCUACCCGUUCAAGGGAUCCGAGUCCUAGUACAGUUAUCCAGGCAGCAACAUUGCAUCAUUUAAUAUCGAACCCUUCCAAAGAGAAGGCUUGAAACUGACAGAUGAUAAAUGCUGCUGCAUAUGUAUAGAGCACUGAUAGACCUAACAAGGGAAAUCUUGUUGGGGGUUGCACAUAACAGAAAGCCAGCUCCUUUGGUCCCUACUUGGAGGCCGGGGUGUAUAGUAGACUGCUACUGGCACAUCAGUGGGCUUGAAAUUUGUGGAGGUCCUAUUCUAGGACAAAUCUUUGUUACUUGUGUGUGAAAAUUUUUUUGUAACCUUCCAUUUCGAAUUGUUUUAUGAAAUCAGUCUCAAUGACUUUUUUAAACUUUUUUAACUGGCGGUCGUAUAAUAGGUGUAUUAGAAGGGCUGCUUUGAUUUACAUGGACCUUAAUGAUUUCUUGUUUGGUGAACAGUUUUGUUUUGUUUUUUUGUGUGUACUGUUUUGAAGAAUAUUGGCCAGACAGAAACAUUUAAACUAAUAAUAAAUAAUAAUAAUUUUGAUAAA